CCACAUUUUGGUUAACUCCGGUUUAGUUGAAUUCCAAGAGUCCUGGCUUUGAAUUGGGGAACCCAAUGCUACGGUACUGCCACUGGAGAUUUCCACCGUCCCUCGCCGCCGCUAGAAUGCUCUCAGCACCACCACCGCCUCACACACACUCUACCUUCUCAAGUGGCGGCGUUGAUUCGAGCUCAGUCGGUAGAAACUCCAAAACCGAGUUACUAUACCCUCAAUCCCAAUCCCAAAAUCUCUCUUCUUCUUCUUUCAAAUCCACGGUAGCUUGUUCAAGCGCUGGAACUAUCCGGAGAAGCAUGGCUACGAAUACUCAGUGCUUUUCGAGUAGACCAGAAUCUAACGAGUCGGAUUUAGGCUCGCUCGUUGUGGUUUCGUUCUACAAAUUCGCUAAUUUUCCUGACCAUGCUGAUUUCAGGAAGCCAUUGAAGGAUCUCUGCGAAGAAUUGCGUGUUUCAGGUGGAAUCAUUCUUGCACCAGAAGGGAUCAAUGGAAGUAUCUGUGGGAUUCGUGAAUCAGUAGAGAAAGUAUUAGCAUUUAUACAGACAGAUGUCAGAUUGAAUGGUUUGAGGCAAAUUGAGACACCUGUGAGUCCUGAACAAGAAGCUAUUCACCAUGGACAUAGCAGUAGCUCUCCUCUUGCAGCUGGCGAAGAUGCUCCGUUUAGAUGGGAUCAUGUUAGGGUCAAACUCAAGAAAGAGAUUGUUACGCUCGGAAUGCCCAGUGUGUCGCCAAUUGAAAAAGUUGGAACUUAUGUGAGCCCCGAAGAAUGGAAUGAACUGAUCAGUGAUCCAGAAACCGUAGUGAUCGAUGUGCGUAAUACCUAUGAGACUAGAAUUGGGAAGUUUAAAGGUGCUGUAGAUCCGUGUACCACAGCUUUCAGAAACUUCCCGUCUUGGGUGGAGAAUCAAUUUGCGUUGAAGAAAGAAGGCAAUGAGAUACAAGAAAAUGUGGAGAAAAAGAAUAUUUCUGAGACCACUGAUAAAGAAGACAAAACUGAAAAACCGAAGACGCUGCCACGGAUUGCUAUGUACUGCACAGGAGGAAUCAGAUGUGAGAAAGCUUCAAGCCUCCUUCUUAGCCAAGGUUUCGAAGAGGUGUAUCACCUGAAAGGUGGGAUAUUAAAGUACCUAGAAGAAGUCCCAAAAACAGAGAGUAUGUGGGAAGGCGAAUGCUUUGUGUUCGAUAAGCGUGUAUCUGUUGAACAUGGUCUAGCUCAAGGAACACAUAAACUCUGCUAUGGAUGCAAGCAGCCUAUAAGUGAUGAAGACAUGGAAGCUCCAGAAUACGAGUAUGGAGUUUCUUGUCCUUACUGUUACUCCAAGAAAUCCGAAGAGGAGAAAGAAAGAGCAAGAGCAAGGCAGACACAAUUUGAUGAAUGGGGGGUAAUUGGUGGUCCUGACAAGGGUCGUCGACCUGCCACUAAACCAGAUAGUCCAAGGAAGAAGAUUAAUGCAAAGCUUGGUUCUUCGAUAUAGAAUGAUGUUCUGAUUGUUUGGAUAUUUGAUAGUUGCUUUGUUCUUCCUCUUGAAACCAAAUAUAUUGCAUUGUUGCAUUCGGGAGUUUAAACGCUAAUCAACAACAAAGGAAAUAAUCUUGAAUCUCUUUUGGAGUUUUA